AUGCCUAAGAAUAAGGGAAAAGGAGGCAAGAAUCGGCGUCGUGGAAAGAACGAGAACGACAACGAGAAGCGUGAACUGACCUUCAAGGAGGAAGGACAAGAAUACGCCCAAGUCCUAAAAAUGUUGGGCAAUGGUCGCCUCGAAGCGCUCUGCUUCGAUGGUUCCAAACGACUCGCGCAUAUCCGCGGCAAGCUGCGCAAGAAGGUCUGGAUCAACCAAGGAGACAUCAUCCUGCUGUCCCUGCGCGACUACCAAGACGAGAAGGGCGACGUGAUCCUGAAAUACAGCGCCGACGAGGCGAGAAGUCUGAAGGCCUACGGCGAGCUGCCCGAGAACGCGAAGAUCAACGAGACCGACACCUACGGACAAGAAGGCGAGGGAGACUGCAACUUCGAGUUCGACGAGGAUCGGAGCGAGAGCGAGGAUGACGAUGGAAAGGGCGCCAAGGAGAUUGAUGUCGAUGAGAUUUAA